AUGGCCACAGCUUCCGUUACGAACGACCUGCAGACGCCCAUCGAGGUGGCCGUUCAGGUCGACUGGCGUGUCCUAUAUCCCCAGAAGUCCUGCGACGUCGGAGUGUUGGAGGCUAGUGCUUUCUCGACUUCAAGUGGCCCCGAGUUUAAAGGGGAGGCCUUGAUCCAGGUUCGGCUGCGCGAAAGCCCGGGGGUGAGAGGCAGCUGCCUGGCAGCAGGAGGCGCAUCUUUGAAGGCCUCAGUGGACUUUGGGGCCUUUUCCCAACGGUGCAAAGGCCGCGACCGAGCCGAGGCACGGGAACUGGCCCGUGAAGGAACACGCCGCAAGGAGGCACAGGAACGGAUGGACAUGAUGAUCAAAGAAGCCGCCACCAAGAAGCGAAACAAAAAGGCAUGGCAUACGUUGAAGCGCACCGGGGCUUUCGUCGCAAUCCUUUUAGCCCUCCUCCUGGUUUGCGCGGCCAUUCCGCCCGAGAGCGAGGUCGCGGCCGCGCUGCUGGCCAGCGCGACGGUCCCGCUGUGCGGGCUCAUCCUCUGUAUAAACAUCUGUGCUGCUUCGACUGCAGACAACGCUUUCAAUUUUAGAAAGUAUGCACUCUUCUUCCGUCUUGGCUUCUGGUUCGCAUGUCUCCUUGCUUUGCUGGCAUUGGUCGCUAUGUCGGCUCUGCACGCCCUGCAACGAUACGUGUAUUCGUCAGUUCUCGUUUCGGCUUGGGCCGCUGGUGGCAUCUUUUGUUUCUGUUUUGUGUCCUGGGACUCAGCCUGCGACCCGAGAGGACUGAACAAACACGACAAGAAAGUGUUGAAACGAGAGCGUAAGGAAGCUCUCUGCGAGAUCAGCAACCGAACGAUCCGGUUCGAAGGCUCGGUGAUCAGCUGGCCACGUGGCCGCCCCUGCGUGGCCAGCUGGCCGGGGAAGUACGCAGGGGCCUGA